AUGACCGAAGCAGAGGCAUCAGGGGCGACUGCGACAGAGGAAACAGCACCAGACGCGUCAACAACAGUUGCGACAGCAACAGGGUCGACAGCAACAGAGGCGACAACAACAGAGUCGACAGCAAUAGAAGCGACAGCAACAGAGGCGACAACAACAGAGUCGAUAGCAAUAGAAGCGACAGCAACAGAGGCGACAACAAGACAGCAGUGUCGCCACCUUCGUCAGCCAAGGCCCACGCCAGCGGGAGUGGCGUGGGUGCAGGUGGACACACAGACCAUCCUCACUAUCCACAAGCAGGUCAUCACCAGGAACCCGAGGAUCGCACUGCUGCACAACGACCACCGCACCUGGCACCUCGAACUGAAGAACGUGCGGGAGAAAGACCGAGGCUGGUAUAUGUGCCAAGUCAACACUGACCCUAUGCGGUAUCGCCAGGGCUACGUCGACGUUGUAGUGCCACCAGACAUCAUCGACCGCGAGUCCUCUGGUGACCUGACGAUACGCGAGGGUCAGGACGUGACCCUAACGUGUAGGGCCAAGGGCCAUCCGACUCCCAGCAUCGUCUGGAGGAGAGAGGACAACCAGGAUAUCGUCCUCGACACAGAAAAGACAG